CAGCCCGUUGUGCAGGGGGCAUUAUCCUCUCGUUCUACUCGCACGAGGCGAGCGGGACGCGGCCGCGCCGAGCUCUGUUCGCCUGGGGGUGCUGGGCCGGGAUGGAGGGAGGAGGCGGGGGCCGGGAGGAGGGGGCUGCUGCGACAGGCAGGCCCGAGGCACGCGGGACCCCGCGGAGGGGAGGCGGCGGGGCGCUGGCUGCUGCUGCGGCGGCCAGGCGGUGUUGCCACGAGCCGGCUUCGGCGAGCCAGCCGGGAGCCCGCGGGCUGGGCGCUCGCACGAUGCCCGUGCCUGGCUGCGGGGCGGCGCCGCUGCCCGCCGCGCCCGUCCCACUCGUGCUGGGCGGGGCCGGCCAGCGGACCGCCUCUGCUCGGGGAUGCUCCGGGGGCGGGGCGGGUCAGCUUCCCGGGCUCCUCCCGCUGCCCCGGCGCCUCGGCCACGUCUGAAAGCGGUUCAUUGUCUCUGUUGGCGGCUCGGAGCCGCGGCGGUGGCGAGAGGCGGCGACGAGGAGAUGUGUUUGAGCGGGUCACGCACACCCCUGCUUGUGGCGGCGGACUAGCGGUAAUACCAGUUGCGGCGGAGCCGAUGUCGCACUGACAGAGGUAAAGCUGUCGAAAAUCAGCCUGGUUAUUUUAGGUGAAGGUGACAUGCUGAUCGGAAGCAUUUGUCAGUAUUUCUUAGCUGCAACAGUUGCUUCAAGUGAGGCACACAGGGCGCACCUCAGCCCAGUCGUCCUCGGACUGUUUGAAUUUGAGGACGCUAUUGUACCAGUGCAGGCAGAGUCUCAAUGGAAGAAAUCAAUCUGGGAAAUCAGCAGAAUCAUGGAAUAUUCUGAGCUGGAAGGGACCCACAACUGACUUUUUUCAUUGCCCUUCCUCAGUGAAAAUGGCAAGGAUUCGGAUUCCUAGCACAAUUGUUAUAAUUUUUGUUACAGUUCAGACUGGAUUCUUACUCUUCAUGUAUGCUCGGUACAGUAGCUUCAUGCCUCAGUCUGAGGAGAAACCAUCGCAAGUCCACAUACUUAUUCUCUCCUCUUGGCGGUCAGGAUCUUCUUUUGUUGGUCAGCUUUUCAGCCAGCACCCCAGUGUCUUCUACCUGAUGGAGCCUGCAUGGCAUGUGUGGGUUACAAUGUACCAGAACAGUGCCAAAGUCUUACACAUGGCAGUGCGGGACUUAGUCAGGUCGGUCUUUCUGUGUGACAUGUCUGUGUUUGAUGCUUACAUGCCUUGGAAAAGAAACUUAUCCGAUCUUUUCCAGUGGGCAGCAAGUCGGGCUCUGUGUUCAGCUCCUGCUUGUGACUCUUUUCAACGAACUGACAUAACCAGUGAAUUGGCAUGCAAGACUCUUUGUGGACGGUAUCCAUUCAGCAAGGUGGAGGAAGCCUGUAAAACUUACAGCCAUGUUGUCAUCAAGGAAGUUAGAUUCUUUGACUUGAAGGUCCUCUACCCCCUCCUCACUGAUCCGUCCCUGAAUCUCAAAAUUAUUCACUUGGUACGUGACCCCAGGGCAGUUGUUAAGUCAAGGGAACAAUCCGUGAAAGCAUUAGCCCGUGACAAUGGAAUUGUCUUGAGUACCAAUGGCACUAAAGUGGAAGAUAGCAAAUACAAAGUAAUGCAAGAGGUUUGUAGAAGUCAUGUUCAGAUUUAUGAAACAGCUACUCUAAAACCACCUAAUUUCCUGAAAGAUCGCUAUUUAAUGGUCCGUUUUGAAGAUCUGGUAAGAGAUCCAUUAUCUGAAAUCUCAGAAAUGUAUAAAUUUGCAGAUCUUAGUUUGACUCCCAGGCUCAAAAGCUGGAUCUAUAAUAUCACACAUGGACAGGGACCGGGGAAAAAAAAAGAAGCCUUCAAAAUAACAUCCCGAGAUGCAGUUAGUGUUUCACAGGCCUGGAGAAAUGUUCUUUCCUUUCAGAAAGUUAAGAAAAUACAGGAAGUUUGCAAAGGUGCUAUAAACAUUCUUGGUUAUCAGCUAGUGGAUUCAGAAAAAGAACAAAGAGAUCUGACAUUGGAUUUGGUGUUGCCAAGACGACAAAACCAAUUCAGUUGGUCAUCAUUUAAUCCAAAGCACUGAGACAUUUUUGAGAAAUCUGGGGAGGUGGGGCAGGGUAGUUGUUUAUUUCUAUACUGUGCAGCAUAUAGUAAUUGGAAAAUCCUUGGCUGAUGAGUUUAUCUUUUCGUCUACUCCUUUUCUGUUAAUGUAAGAAGGUUUUUUUUCCAUGAGUUUUUUACAUAUUAAAAAAAAAAAAAGACAGCAAAAUACUUGGUCAGCCUGUUACUGUGCUGCUCACAGCAUUGUUUUAAGAAUAUAAUUUCAGCACUUUGUAUUAAAAGAUGGAUUCUCAAA